AUGACUUCCCCAACGCAGUCUGGGAACACUAAGUUCACUGUUUUGAUCCGCCUCCCUUUCCCCAGAGGCGGCUUUGUGGACCCUCCACCAGUGGACUGGAACGCAGCCAAGGAUCAAGCGCUUUGGGAUAUCCUCUCCCGCCCGUCAAAGGGAAAUGAUAUAGACUGGAAAGCACUUGCCGAAAGCUUCGAUGUGACCCUCGAGUUUCUACUUCAGCAAGCGGCCUGGCUCUACGACCGCCAGCUAUCGCAGGUCCGCGCACAGAUGCGUAAGGUACCUACUGCUCAUUCGAACGCUGCCUCCCCAGCACAGGGCUCGAUAUAUGCGAGCACGGCUCUAGGGCAGCCAGCUAAAACCGGUCAAAGCAACAGUUCACGGGCUCCUUCUCGCUUGGCGUCGCAGCCAAAAGAAGCCCCUCCGGUGCGAGCACCCAUUCCACGACGUAAUAGUUCCGGGAAUACUGUGCAACAGAUCAAAGCCCAGACAUCGCAUCCUGGGACUCCAACGCUGGGAACGAAAGAGCCCAGACGGGAGAGUCAUGGUCGCCAACCAUCCACAAACAGACGCGAGCAAGCUCCAGUUAGCCUUGCUGAUCAGAGGUCUCCUACGCUCGAAGAGGAAGAUUUGACAUCUAGCUUAUCUGAGUCCAAUUCUGAUGAUGAAAGCGACACUAUAGCAGGCCGGAAGGGUUUAGGGUUUAAACGUUUUGGACGCUUCUCAACCCACCGGCCGGAUUUACGAGACGAUGAUGAUGACGAUGAUGAAUCACCGGCCUUUCUCCCACUUUCGCGUGGUCACGAAACCACGUCUCAUGGAACGUCCGGCCAUGAUCUUAGUACAACUCUGAGAAUGGAGCAAGAGGGCGUUUCUGCGGUGCAGAGGCGGGUGACAGGGCCGCCUCCUAGCUUGAGAAAGUCGGUUACCACAGAAUCAUCCGAAAGUUCCGUUAGCUCCGGAGUGCCAGUUGGCCGUCCUCUUAAUCAAAGAGGGAACCAAAUAAACCAUCCAAGUCCCCGACGGACAGCAGAUGUGAACCAUAUGAGCCCGCGGCGGUCUACAACUUCUGGGAGGGACAUAAGUGACGGAACACCUAGUAUGGGAAGCAGCUUUAGCGAUUUAGAUGGGGACACGAGUGUCACUCAGUCAAUGCUCGAGGAGGCUCUCUUAAGCAAUAUGCAGCACGGCGGAAUGGCCAGCCGCAUGAGCACAAUCAGCCAAGCACUUCGAAGCCGCUAUCUCCCUUGA